AUCCGAAUGUUCCUAGAUCUUCUGUAUGAGCCAGUGAAGCAUCUAAAGGAUGGUGAUUGCUAUACUUCAGUGCGACAGGCUGUGGAACAAGUAGACCUCUCAAAAGUCCUGCCCCUGGGGCGCCAGCAUGCCUUGCUCAACAGUUUGGAAGUUGUUUUGAAAAACCUUGGUAAUCUUAUCAGCCCCUACUUACCUGAGGUGCUCCAGAUUUUACUCUGCAUGACUGCUGCUGUGUCACAGAUUCUAGAACAGAAAGAAAAGAUUCAGUUAAAAUGUAUAAAUCCAUUAAAGCAUCUGAGGCGCCUGGGAAUGAAACGUAUAGUGGACUUUUUCACUGACUUUGAGACAUACCCCUAUUCUGCUGAAGAAAUUGAUGCUUUAUUUGUUGCUGUCAUCUGGCCACAGAUCGUCAGAUUGGCUUUUGAAAGUCAACAUUCUCCUUCACUUGUGUUAAAGCUUAUCCAUACUUGG